CAGAAAAAACAUAUAGACACGCAAACCGUCGUAUGAGCUAUAGCUGAACGGACGUUUUUUUAAAUCCUUUCUGUGUUACAAUAUCAGUAUCAAUAUGAGGACUGUGAGCGGGAAAUUCUAUUUGAAGUUUGUAACUGUAGCACUUUGCUUGUUUUCAAUAAAAGCUGAAAGGACGAAAUCAAGAUCUUUGCAAAAUAAUGCAAGCAUUUCAAAAAUAAAAUUUUGGAACGCGAUAUCUAGUGAGAUUCUUGGUUUAAAAAGUAACAUUGCGAAGAUAUGGAAGAAUCUUGAUCAGCUUAAAAGAACAUCUAAUGACAACAAUUUCUGUGAAAUGCACCAAGGAUUUGGUGAAGAAUUAAGGAGAAAGGAUAAACAAAAAGAAAAAGCAUCAUACAAAAAAUCCGGGGACAGCAAUAUAUGCAGUGUAAUACGCACAUUAAAUACAGAUGUCAUACAAUUAGAAAGGACGUUCAACAUCAGCAUAAAAACAAUAAAUCAAGACCACGCUGAUGUAAAAGCUCAUUUAAAUAAAACAUCCUUAAAAGUAGAAGAACUUGACAAAAAAUUUAACUCUUUGGACAACUUUACUAAGUUCUCAUAUAAAAAGCAUCACGAUGAAUUAGAAAGACUUAAUAAUACUGUUGCAAAGAAUACAGAUGAAUUGGUCUCAAUUAAGGAAACACUAGAAGGUAUGGGGGAAAAUCUACAGACAGUUUUGAAAAUUCUAAAUACGCUCAAAGAAUGUCCAUCUGGAUGGACCAAGCACGAUUUGUCUUGUUACUCCUGUAGAACAGAAAGUCUCAAGUGGGAAAAUGCUGUUAAUACCUGCCUAGAGGAAGGAGCACAUUUAGUAGAAUUCGAGAGCCAAGAUGAAGUGAAGUUUGUUUUAGAUCUGUUCUUGAGAAUUGCAGGGCGGUAUAACUCACAUAAGUGGGCGGGAUUUUUUAUGGAGGAUUGA